ACGCUGAAUGAGUUCCGUGUGGAAAGUUCGCCGGUCCGGGUGCAAAGUUUUAACCGUCUGCAGCUCCAGCUCAGUAAAACCGGACCGGUUUCAGUGCUCAGUACACGAGGAUCAACGCACCACGUACGGAUUGCCGGUCGGAACGAGUCAAGUAAGGGGAUUUUAACCCCUAGUGUGCCGCGUUUCGAUAAAGCAUUAUUGUUUUGUGUGCGUAUUACGGUGAAAACAUGGCUUGCGCCCCGAACCGGGUCCGUCUGCUAUGUAUGCUAUCACUCACCUUCGGCUUUUUCAUCGUGGAGGUGGUGGUAAGUAGGGUCACGUCGUCUCUCGCUAUGCUGUCGGACUCUUUUCAUAUGCUGUCGGACGUUAUCGCACUGGUCGUGGCUCUGGUCGCGGUGCGGUUCGCCGAAAAGACCCAAUCGACCAACAAAAACACGUUCGGUUGGAUCCGGGCCGAGGUGAUGGGAGCGCUGGUCAACGCUGUGUUCCUCACCGCGCUCUGCUUUACCAUCAUCCUGGAAGCCAUCGGGCGCUUCACGGAGCCACACGAGAUCGAGAAGCCCGUUGUGGUGAUCGUGGUGGGUGCCGCGGGGCUGUUGGUCAACCUGCUCGGGCUCUGGCUGUUUCACGGACACGCCGGUGGCGGGGGGCACGGCCAUUCCCACGGAGGACACGGCCACAGCCACGGGGGUAACAAAAAACAAAAGAACGGAAAAGCCCGCAGGUCCGAAACGCCGGUAGACAGUCGGUCCGCGGGAGAGGAGACCAAUAAUCUGGUCGGGAAUCACAACUGCAGUCCAAAUGGCGUUAAUCCGGACCGGAGGGGAGCCGAGGUGUGUCAUAGCGACAGUCUGGAUUUACAGAUCAGCGACAGCACUUAUGAGGACCUCGCACAUGACUCUGCUUCCCAGCUCAACAUGCGAGGUGUUUUCCUGCACGUCUUGGGUGACGCUCUCGGUUCGGUUAUCGUGGUGAUCAACGCCCUCAUCUUCAAUUUUGUGUGGACACCAUGCCAGCCAGGCAUGACCUGCGAGAACCCCUGUGGCAGCGGACACUGUGGAGACCACCCGAUCGACAAAAACACAAGCAGCCACGGAACCAAUCACACGGCUGUAGUGGGGCCCUGCUGGGUGCUUUACCUGGACCCCACGUUGUGCGUCAUCAUGGUCUUCAUCCUUCUCUACACUACGUUCCCCCUGCUGAAGGAGUCGGCGCUCAUCCUGCUACAAACUGUGCCCAAGCAAAUCGACAUACAUAAGCUUAACAACCGGCUGCGGGACCUGGAUGGCGUUCUGGCCGUGCACGAGCUGCACAUCUGGCAGCUGGCGGGCAGCCGCAUCAUAGCCACGGCACACAUCAAGUGCCACGACCCCACCUCCUACAUGGACGUAGCCAAACGCCUCAAGGACUUUUUCCACGACGAGGGCAUCCACGCCACCACCAUUCAGCCGGAAUUCGUCACGAUGAACUCGGAUUCUCGCGCGUCGCUCUGCGAGCUGUCCUGCAGGACGCAGUGCGCCCCGAAGCUGUGCUGUGGCGCAGCGGACGGCGCAAAACAAGAUGGCGCGACGGAGCAGAAGAAACCCAGCGAGGCCAAAUCCCCAACGGUGCUCCCGGUUUCUUCCACGACUUCUCUGGAGAUUAUCAGCGAGUCUGUGGAGAGCACGUUUGGGUCGGAAGCUCCGGUGAUAAUCACCAAGGAUAUGGAGUCAUCGUUGUGAGAAACGGUUUAGAAGGAGAAGGAUCUGUCAGGAUCCGUGUGUUUCGGUUCAGUUGCCGGACUUAUUUCUGCCAUGCUGUGAGAAGACCUGAGCCCAAACGCACUCGUUCAUGAUCACACGCACACAGUCUAGUAGAUACUACGCAAACAUAGUGACACCGUCAAUAGGCGGGAGAGGAAAGCCUUCUGCAUGUGUGUUUAUCGCAUUAUCUGAUUGGUGUGUCCGUGCCAAAGCUUCUCUCUCUCUAUACAGGACGUCAGACACUCGUGUCUUUUCUGUGAAUGAAAUGCAACAUGCAAUUUUCAAGUCCAGCUGCUGGACCAAGUAGAAAUGUCUGGACCAGUAUUGUUUUUUACCCAUCUUUUUUAUUUUAUCUUUCACUUUCUGUUUGUUUUCUUAGUCAUAUUCAACGUUUGUGAGAGAUGUUAUAAUUUAUGUGUUUAAGUUAUUGGUAAUUAAAUAUUUUUUGUACAAUUUAGAUUUGGUAUUAUGAUAUUAGAGGUAAAAGUGUGAAUUUUAUUCGGUUCCCUUCAAAAAACAAAUGAUCUAUGCUUUAACCUAGAGUAUUUUUAGAUGUGAUGUUUUUAAAUCUUUCACUAUUUUAGACCAUUUGUUUUAUUAGACAUCAUAAACAGUAUUUCACAAUGCCUAUAAUUCAAGCUGCUGUGUUUAAGCACUGAAUCUAGACGGUGUAGGAACUAGACGACCCUCUUUUAUUGUUCAUAUGCGAACUGUUGCCGUUUGUGUUGUGUCAAUCAAAACUAAAGGUUAAUGCUGUUAAACAUUUGUAUGUCGUCAGACUGCUGGAGGGUGAAUGAAAAGUUUCGUUCAUGCUGUUGUUGAAGGGAAGGGACCUCAGAUUUAUGACAAAUGCUCUUGUGGCAGCUGUGCAUGACCAAAUAUAAUUGUUUAAAUUAUUAUAGCUUUGAGGGAGAAACCAAGCAACUUUUGUAAACCUUGAGACAAGGGAGUUCCUUUUUGAAAUAGGGAAUGGGCACUGGGCGUUCCUUGGGGUGUCGCACAAUCUACUCGGUGGCCUUUAUUAGAAAACAAUGUCGGAAUAUCAACUCUUCUUCACUACGUUAUUUAUAUCUACACACUUUAGCGUUUGGUAAUAUAUGGGUGAAAAUAUGCAAUUUAUGAAACACAUGGAAAUGUGCUUGUCUUUAUGAUUUUAGUUGUUUAGCGAGUUUCCUAGAAGGAAUAUCUAGAAUAGAUGUUAUCUCAUAGUAUAUAGGUGCAGGCAGAGUGUUUGUUUCACUAGGGACUUUGUACCACCUCAGCUGAAAUGUUUUUGAUAUAUAUACCUGUCAAAUGUACCAUUGUGAAUUAAACAUGCUUGUUUACUGUUAAAUCCA